CCUUUUGUGAGUGUUUUUCAUUUCAUUUGAAGAAGAAGAAAGAAAAGAUGCUCCGCUUCGCCGCUAAAAGAGCAGUAACCGCAGCUCUAAAACACCCCCGAAAGCCCCUCCCAACCGUCAGAUCCUACGCAACCGACGGCCGAGAUGCCGACUCAGUUUCCCUCCAGAUGAUCAACUACGCUCUCAACCUCGCCAGAUCCCAGAAAUCAGGUGAGUCAUACGCGCAGGCACUUCUGGUGCUAGAGCAGGGUCUCUCUAACUUACGCCGGGUAGACAGUGCGCACGAAGAUGGUGUUGGGAUGGUAUUGCUUGCCAUGUCUACCAUCUUGGCAGAAAGAGGGGAAUUUGGUGAUGCCAUCGAGAAGCUUCAGGAGGUUGUUGAUUUAGAGCGAUCUUCUCUGGUUGUAAAAGUUGCUGCCUGGGAGGGUCUGGUAGGACUACACUUGGAGACAGGGCAGGAUGUUACUUCAUCAGUACCCGCAGAUGAAUGCUUGCAACUGUUGAAAAAUACACCAAAAGAUGAAAGCAGCACAUUCAAGGCUCUACAUUUGCGAGCUAAUGCGGUUAAAGGAUUGGCUGAUCUUGUGACUGGGGAUCUUACGUCUGGGAAUUCAUACUUUGGAGAUAACACAUCGUUCGAAUCACAGGAGACUAGAUGUUGCACUGGAAAUGUUGCACUCUCACAUGGAGAAUUUUUACAUGCCUCCGGAAAACUUUCCGCAGCAGAGGAGUUCUACCAGAAAGCACUCAAGGCAUCCGAGACAAAAGAUUUUUCUGAUGCAACUGUUUUAGCGGCUGGCAAUAUGGUCUCGGAGAAGGUCUCAUUGGGAGCCAGCUGUGCUUUAGGACAGCUUUUAACACAUUUGGGUAAUUUUCAGGAAGCAGAGGAGAUACUGACAAAGGCAUUGACAAAAGCUGAAACGCAUUUUGGUUCAUGUCAUCCUAAUGUGGGGGUCGUCUUAACUUGUAUAGCUAUGAUGUUUGGGCAUAAAGCAAGACUGGAGCGUUCGAGUUCUCUUUUGAUUCAAGAGGGACUUUAUAGAAGGGCCUUAGAUUUACUAAAAGCUCCAUCGUUGGACACCGAAGUCACGGACAUGCAUGUGGAUAAGAGAGAUAUUGUAGCCCUUGCAAGAGGAGGAUAUGCACAAACACUAAGUGUUCAACAGUACAGAAAGGAAGAAGGAGAGAGAAUGAGGAAGUGGGCGGAGAGCAUAUGGAGGAACUGCCGUCUGUCACUGGCUGAAGCGCUCGAAAUCUCUGAACCUUCUAAAGUUACAGUUAUAGAUGCUCGGAUCAACAGGGUCAUAUAAUUUCCAUCAGAUCCAAUAGAAAGAGCCACGAGGCACAUUUGCAUCGGCAUCUUGAUUUCACGACAUGUUUAAUUAAGACAACACAUGAGGAAUAACAUAAACACCCGUUUGAGAUGUCUUGUUAAGCAAUCUGUCCAAUAUAUCCUCUACAUUGCAUGGAUAUGUAGCAUGUUUGGUGUUCA